UAUCAGCCACAACACAUGAUCAUUGAUCAAGCAAAUUAUGCAUUUCACCAUCCACAGCACCUCAAUAUACACUUACUCUCCUGUUUAUUUUUCUAUACCCAAAUCAUUUUCAAACCAUUUCUUCUAUUGUGCAUAUGAUGAAACAAAAGAAGAACGUCAUUCAAUUUGCAGUACUGCCCCCUCUUCUAAUCUCUUUCCUCUUCUUUUCCUACUUCUUCUCUAAUCUCCAACUUAAAUCUUUUCCACCAUCCCCAUCCAAUGACUCCAUUUACGCAUUCAAUCAAACACCUUUCGCGCAUACCAAAUUUAGCAUCUUGAUAGGAAUACUAACCCGCCCAGAAAAAUAUGAUCGUCGCCACCUCCUUCGCCUUGUCUAUGGAAUCCAAAGAUCACCCGUAGCUGAUAUAGAUGUAAAAUUCGUAUUCUGCAACCUCACAAAGCAAGAGCAAAGGGUAUUUAUAGCAUUGGAAAUCCUUCGUUUCAACGACAUUAUUAUCCUGAAUUGCACUGAGAAUAUGAACAAUGGUAAGACCUACACCUACUUCUCUUCACUCCCACAUAUCCUUCCAAAACGUUACACUUACGUAAUGAAAGCUGACGAUGAUGUCUUCAUUAGGCUCAACCAAUUGUCUCUGUCCCUAAACCCACUUCCGAGAAUAGAUUUGUACUAUGGUUUCGUCAUUCCAUGCAGCAGCAAGAACCCAUAUGUGGAUUACAUGUCAGGAAUGGGGUUUUUGUUUUCAUGGGAUCUUGUUGAAUGGAUUGGGAAAUCUGGGAUCCCUGCAAAUGAGACGCAAGGACCAGAGGAUAAGUUGGUUGGGAAAUGGUUGAAGAUUGGAAACAAAGCCAAGAAUCGAUUUUCUGAUAAGCCUGCAAUGUAUGAUUAUCCGGGAACAAAUGGAAGGUGCUCCCAUGAGCUUAUACCUGAAACUGUGGCUGUUCAUAGGCUUAAAAGAUGGGAUCAAUGGUUUCAUGUUCUUGAAUUUUUCAAUGUCACUAAACAACUUAACAACUCCAAGUUUUUCCAUUUAUGA